AUGAACGUUUCAACGCACUCAUUGGUUAAUCAAUGGGGGUUCCAAAUAGGCAGGCUCAGAAAGUUAUUGAAUACGUCACUGACAGUUCUCGUCAUUUUUUCAAAAGACUUCAUGGAUGAAAGCCUUACAUGUGCAAAAUACAGUAUCCCGGCGGGCCCCUGUAGAACAUUUUUGAAAUUUAAGCUAGUACUACUAGCUAGUAGCCUACUUUUCCUAGGAGUUAAACCAUAUGUGGGCGGAAAUCGAGAUCUACUAAGUAGGUGGGAGCGGAAGUGGAGGCAGAUCCGUGACUUGCAGAUGUAUUUUCCAAGAAUUUUGGCUGAAAUUGCUUUAAAGCCAAUCAUUGCCAUCCGAGCCAUAAGGAUGUUGAAGAAACUCUGGGCUAAAAAUACUGGUGGUUUUGGGGGCAUUUCCGAAAUGCCCCUGAGUCAGUACAUCUACAUAUUCUGGACAGACAUGGAUCAUCCGAUUCGGAUGACUCAUUGGACUGGCAGUUUUCAAGACUUCUAUAGGAGAAAACCCAACAAAACAAGAUUCCAAGGGAUGGAAAUGCUAUAUGAGCCAACAAAGUACUACUUCUUUAGUAACCUACUUUGA